UCAUCUUCAACUAGAAAAUAAGAAAGAAAAAAAACUCUUACUCCUCUGUUUCAUCGAUCUCUUCACAUUGCUUUGCUUCUUUAUCUUCUUCAAAGCUUCCAACUUUUUUUUUUGUUUCCUUCUUAAAAAUGGCGAAAUUGAAGAAGUUAUCCACAGGUCAAAAAAUGGGUUGUGAGAGUGUCCUUGGAUGUAUUUUCCAAAGCUGGAGCCCUCGUCGGAGAAAACCCUCUUUACCGGAAAAAGAUCGCAGGGUAAAAGAUAACUUGCCUUCCAAGUCAACACCCACCAUUACAAACCCUAAAAUCCUCCCCAGAGUGUCCACCGAUACUUCUUCUCAACCAAAGAAGUCUGAUUCCCAGAAACCCCAACAAAAGCAAAUAACCGAUGAGAACCAACCGAGAAAAUCAUCAGAUUCCACCAGAAAAUCAUCAGAUUCAGCAAAGAAAUCGAUUUCCUCGGGCUCAUCAAGAACAGAGAGCAAGAGAUUCUCUCUUAACGGCGUCAUGGGAAACAUCAUCGUGAAACCACAGCCCGCCGUUAAAGCUGACGUCCCGAAGACGAAAAGCCGGUGGGAGGGCAAGCCUGUAAAUUACAGACUCGAUCCAGAGGCUCUCAAGAGAAUGGGAAACGAAGAGUAUUGUCGUGGGAGGUUUGCACAAGCUCUUGUGUUUUACGAGAGAGCCAUCUCAGCUGACCCCAAAACGCCGACGUAUUGGUGUAACAAAUCAGCCGCUUUGAUCAGUCUCGGUCGUCUUCUUGAAGCUUCCGAUGCUUGUGAAGAAGCUUUAAGACUAAACCCAACUUAUGAGAGAGCUCAUCAGAGACUCGCUUCCCUCCAACUCAGAUUGGGUGAGGUUGAAAAAGCUUUGAGUCAUUAUAACGAAGCUGGAAAAUAUACAGAGACAAAACAUAUAGAACAAGUUGAAGAUGUUAUAAAAUGCUUAAAGAGGUGCGAUGAAGCUCGAAGAUCAAAGGAAUGGAAUGUUGCGUUGAAAGAGACUCUUUUUGCGAUAUCAUAUGGAGCCGAUUCUUCUCCUAGGGUCUAUGCGCUUCAAACCGAGGCUUUAUUGCAUCUUCAGCGACACGAGGAAGCGUACAGCGUGUACCAGAAAGGAACAAAACGCUUCGAGAUCGAUAGUUUCAUAAAGAUUUUUGGUCUUUCCAUCACUUCUUACCUCUUAAUGGUCGGAGCUCAGGUCUACAUUGCAGUAGGAAGAUUUGAAGAUGCAGUAACCGCGUCAAGGCAAGCGGCUCGACUGGAUCCAAGUAGCGAAGAAGUAAACGUGGUAGCUAAAACAGCGAGAGCGGUUGCUUCAGCGAGACUGAGCGGAAACUUGCUUUUCAACGCGUCAAAAUUCGAAGGGGCUUGCGUGGUUUACACGGAAGGACUAGAGAAAGAUCCCUAUAAUGCCCUCUUGCUAUGUAACAGAGCUGCCUCAAGAUUUAAGAUUGGUCUGUUCGAGAAAGCCAUUGAAGAUUGCACAUUGGCUCUCAGUCUCCAGCCAUCCUACAGAAAGGCGAGACGGCGCAGGGCUGAUUCUUAUGCCAAGUUGGAGAAAUGGCAACACGCGAUUCAAGAAUAUGAGUUGUUGUUGAUGGAGACACCUGGAGAUGAAGAGACUAGAAGAGCCUUGGCUGAGGUGAAUGUCCGAUUUAGGAAGCAGACCGGUAGAAAUGUCCGGUUUAAAGGAAUCGGCUCGGAUUUAGUUGUGGUUAAUUGAAAUGGGAGAUAAAUUGGCUAAGCCAAAACAUUUGUAUAGUUUUAAGAGAUUUUUAAAUGAUUUGAUUGUGUCUGCGUGUUUGUUUGCCUUUUUUGGGUUUUUGCUAAUCUCAUAAUUUUCUCAUUUCAGGAGCUUUUUAAGAAAGUUUGUUUUUACUUUUUACCAAUCAAAAUUUUGUAUUAAUUGGUCAAGACUAACACCUCAUAUCAUAAGGGAAAAGUCUUGUGAUUUUUCUAUUAUAUUUUCAUAAACCCAUUAUUAAAGCUUUGAAUUUUGUGAUU